AUGGGUGAGAAUCAGGCUGCGAGCCACCAUGAAAAAUACUUCAACCUAGGAUCGUACAGUCGCCGAAUCAGCACGAAGAACUCCGCAGCGCAAACAUGGUUCAACCGCGGACUCGUCUGGUCGUAUGGGUUCAACCACGAGGAAGCAUUGCAGUGUUUCGAGAAAGCCAUAGCUGAAGAUCCAGAUUGCUGCAUGGCUCAUUGGGGCCUGGCAUAUGUCCUAGGUCCGAACUACAACAAGCCAUGGGAGAUCUUCGACGAGCAAGAACGGAGCGAGAAUCUCAAUCGGGCGAGGAAUGCGCUCAAGGAAGCGAGGGAUCUGGCCGAGCGAGAAGACGCCAGUGUGACCCCGAUCGAGAGACUCCUGAUCGAGGCUGCGCAGUUCCGGUAUCGAGAAGACACUGAUGAUAGUUCAUCGUGGAAUCAGGACUAUGCCCUGGCUAUGUCGCAGGUGUACGAGCAGUUUGGGUAUGAUCUCGACGUGGCGGCACUGUAUGCGGACUCACUCAUGCAAUUGACUCCAUGGGCUCUUUGGGACAUUCGGACUGGCGAGCCCAGCGAAGGCUCGAGGACGCUGGAGGCCAAGUCUGUCUUGGAUUCGGCAAUCUCAAUGCCAGGUGGGAACGUACAUCCCGGUUUGCUUCACCUGUACAUCCAUCUGAUGGAAAUGUCCGCGAGCCCUGAGUCUGCCUUGCCUGUAGCUGAUCGCCUACGAGGACUGGUUCCCGAUGCUGGCCAUUUACAGCACAUGCCGACACAUCUCGAUGUGCUCUGCGGCGACUGGAAGCGUGCGAUGGAGUCCAAUGCAGCCGCGAUUGAGGCUGAUGAGCGAUAUUUGUCUCGCGCUGGUGCUUUGAACUUCUACUCGCUCUACCGCUCACACAAUUAUCACUUUCGAGUGUAUGCCGCUAUGUUCGCUGGCAAUUUCCAGGCUGCGAUAGACACGACUGCGAGGUUAGAAACCUGUCUGCCAGACGAUCUGCUGAGGAUUGAGUCCCCGCCAAUGGCUGACUGGCUGGAGAGUUUCCUCUCCUUGAGAGUGCAUGUACUCGUGCGGUUUGGGAAGUGGCAGGAUCUCCUUGAUUUGGCGAUACCCAAGGAUAGAGCCCUGUACUCUGUCACCACGGCGAUGACAUAUUACGGCCAAGGAGUCGCAUUGGCCGUGAGCGGGAAGGUAGCAGAGGCGGAGGCAAAGCGAAACGAAUUCCACGACGCCGUAUCAAGGGUCCCGGAAUCACGAACCCUCUUCAACAACACCGCCAUCGACAUCCUAAAAGUCGCAGCAGCAAUGCUAGACGGCGAGCUCGAAUACCGUCGCGGCAACAUCAACACCGGCUUCGAGCACCUCCGCAAAGCCAUCGCCCUGAGCGAUAACCUCCCAUACGACGAGCCGUGGGGCUGGAUGCAACCGCCACGCCACGCAUACGGUGCCCUGAAUCUCGAGCAAGGCAACGUGGAAGAGGCUCUUGGAGUAUACAAAGCCGAUCUCGGGCUUGACGAUACGCUGCCUCGGGCUUUGAGGCAUCCCAACAAUAUCUGGGCUUUGCAUGGGUACCAUGAGUGUUUGAAGAGGCUUGGGCGGGCUGUGGAGGCGGAGGAGGUGAGCAAGCAGCUUGAGCGGAUGAGGUUGGAGGCGGAUGUUAGGGUUACGUCUUCGUGCUUUUGUCGGAGGGAGACGAAUGGGGUGUGA